AUGUAUGUGAAAUGGUUUGAUACAGUAAUGUUAUACUAUGUGAUUUUAGUGAAUUUAGAUAAUGUCACUUUUUGUCAUUUUCAAAUUUCCCGCCAGUUCCGUCCCCCGUAUGUCCCAACACUCGCAGAGGACGGAACCCCGAAGACAGAUGCCGGCAUCGGCUGGAAGACAUUGCCCGGGGACACUGCAGGAGGGACAUCGCGGGAGCGCAGGACAAGGUAAGAGAAGAACAGAUCCUGGAGCAGCGCCGCAUGGUAUUCCCGAAUGUAGCUCGGGGUUACCGCUUGUGCUACACUCGGGAAUACCUCCAGGGAGGCUA